AUGGCUCUCAUUGGUUCAGUGCCUCCGCUAAUUUUUCAGACAGGCGGAUACAAUUUCCAUCCAGGAAAAGCAAUGUGCAUGUACCCAUUCCAAAGUAACAUUGCUUAUACCGUGUUCAUCGAAUGUGUGUUUGUCGCUGCGCCCUUUACAUUCAUCACUUUCUGCUACGCCAAAGUGUUCUACACAGUGUCAAGAUCAAAUCGUGUUUUCAUGCAAGAAAAUAACCCUGAACAGCUCAGAGCAAACGUCGAAGAAGCAAAAGUGACCAAGACAUUAGCCUUGGUCAUGGCCAGUUUCUCCUUAUGUUGGCUUCCUAUCUGUAUUAUGGAUUACAUCGACGCAGCACGCGGGGAGCCCACUUUGCCACGACAGGUAUAUCUUACUUACGCGUUUCUGGCCUACCUAAGUAGUACAAUCAACCUGUUCAUAUAUGGCGCUACCAACAGGCGCUUCAGACGAGAGUACAAAACUAUUUUGAAAAAG